GGUCACACCGGUUCUUAUAGACUGAUAUCGGAAGUCGAGUCUUCUUCCUCUUCGAUAAACCCAAUAUUUUGCAAUAAAAGAAUUAAUUUUAAAACCAAAAGCGGAGCAUUUUUCCCAUAGCCGUGUGCUUAGUGCAGUGUGUUUGCGUGUGUCGGUGCAAAAAACGGCCAAAACGCUGACGUACGCGAUUCGUACGCUUUUCGAUUCGGUCGCCUCCGUUGUUUUUGUUGUUUUCUGUGUAUCUCGCAACGGCCAACUGAUGAGCCUCAAUUGUUUUCAUUAACGCAACGAGAGAGGCCCCGCCCCGCCCCUCCGUACCGACCCGCCUCCCGACCCCGCUCUCCCACGCCCCCCCAACCGACCACCCACCCCAGUUUCCAGUUGACCCGCCCAAAGCACCCCGACCCCUACCCAAAGCCCUUCCUCCCCUACUCCCUUCCAAAUGGCCAGCAACAGUUUUGGGGGCGUGGCAGGUGUGAACGGCGAUCUGUGGAGGGAGUGCGUCGCCUGGCUGACCAGGUGCAAGGUCAUCCCGCCCGACCACAAGGCCGCCCAGGCGGACGCCGAGAUUCGCAUCCUGGCGAUGACCCUCCGCGAUGGUGUGCUCCUGUGCAAUCUGGUCAUCCAUCUGGACCCCAGCAGCAUGGAUCCUCGGGAGUUCAAUCGCAAGCCACAGAUGGCACAGUUCCUGUGCAGCAAGAACAUCAAGCUCUUCCUGGACGUGUGCCACAACAAUUUCGGGAUCCGCGAUGCCGAUCUCUUCGAGCCAACGAUGCUGUACGACCUGACCAACUUCCACCGCGUCCUCAUCACCCUCUCCAAGCUCUCGCAGUGCCGCAAGGUGCAGCAGAUGCAUCCGGAUCUAAUUGGCUUUAACCUGCAGCUAUCACCUAGUGAGCGCUCCCAUUCGGACGAGGCCAUCUACAAGGACCUGCAUUCCACCGAUCUGAGCAUGCAGAAGACGAGCAGCAUUGACGCCACCGCCUCCGCCUCCUCGUCGGCGGAGUACUACGAUAGAACCUCGCAGAGUGGAUCGCUGGACGAGAACAGCGACAUAACCAUCGAGAACGGCACCGAGGACAUCGACGACUACAUCGAGGACUCGCUCUCCAAUAUGUGCGACUCGACCAUCGAAAAUGAUUUGGAUGAUGCGAGCGUGGAGACACCGCUGCUGGCUGGCGAAAGGAACCUCUCCUUCGAUCUCACCCUGGAUGUGGUUAGCUCCACCACGAUUGAUUCCGCCUCCAAUGCGGUCACACCCACUCCGGAAUCCUUUGCCCGACAAUGCGAAUCGCCCUUGGGCGACGAAGCCAUCGCGGUCACUUCGCCAUCAACUGCUCCCGGGCCACCAAUGAGCCGGCUGGUGUCCACAUCCUCCUCCUCGUCGUCGCUUUUGAUCAGCGAAAGUCAGCGUUUGCAGCGGGCGGCCGCCGCCGUCUACAACUACCGCUCCUCGAUGGCGUCCACGGAGCACGAGUACGCCUACAUCUACAGCGAGGACGACGAGAAGGUCUACGAGGACCUGUGCUACGUCACCUUCCAGGCCAAGGCCAAACCCGAGGUUACCACCGACAAUAUUGCAUGCAAUGGAACCGGUUACGACCACACCAACACAAAAGAAGAGGAGGUGUACCAAGAUCUGUGCGCCCUGCACAGGACGAGUAGAAGCCAGACCGCCUCGUCGACGAGCUUUGAGCAGCGCGACUACGUCAUCCGGGAGCUGAUCGACACGGAGUCCAACUAUCUGGACGUGCUCACCGCACUGAAGACCAAGUUUAUGGGUCCGCUGGAGCGUCAUCUCAAUGAGGACGGGCUGCGAAUCAUUUUUCCGCGGAUUAAAGAGCUGGCCGACAUCCACACAAGGUUCCUGGACAAGCUGAGGGAAUCGCUGACGCCCAAUGCCAAGGUCAAGAUGGCCCAGGUCUUCCUCGAGUUCCGCGAACCGUUCCUCAUCUACGGCGAGUACUGCUCGUGCCUGCUGGCCGCCAUCGACUAUUUGGCGGACGUCUGCAAGAAGAACCAGAUCAUCGACCAGCUGGUGCAGAAGUGCGAGCGCGACUACAACGUGGGCAAGCUGCAGCUGCGCGACAUCCUGUCGGUGCCGAUGCAGCGCAUCCUCAAGUACCACCUGCUGCUGGACAAGCUGGUGAAGGAGACGUCGCCGCUGCACGACGACUACCGCUCGUUGGAGCGGGCCAAGGAGGCCAUGAUCGAUGUGUCGCAGUACAUCAACGAGGUGAAGCGCGACUCCGACCACUUGGUGAUCAUCCAGAAGGUCAAGGACAGCAUCUUCGACCUGCAACUGUUGCAGAACGGCAACGGCAGCGACCUGCUGCAAUACGGACGCCUGCUCCUCGACGGCGAGCUGCACAUCAAGGCGCACGAGGACCAGAAGACCAAGCUGCGCUACGCCUUCGUCUUCGACAAGAUCCUCAUCAUGGUGAAGGCGCUGCACAUCAAGACGGGCGACAUGCAGUACAACUACCGCGACUCGCACAACCUGGCCGACUAUCGCGUCGAGCAGAGCCACUCGCGGCGCACCCUCGGCCGGGACACGCGCUUCAAGUACCAGCUGCUGCUGGCCCGCAAGUCGGGCAAGACCGCCUUCACCCUGUACCUCAAGUCGGAGCACGAGCGGGACAAGUGGCGCAAGGCCCUCACCGAGGCCAUGGAAAGCCUCGAACCGCCUGGCUGCCGAAGUACGGACCACAAAAUGGAGAUCUACACCUUCGACGCCCCGACCACGUGCCGGCACUGCUCCAAGUUCCUCAAGGGCCGCAUCCACCAGGGCUAUCGGUGCAAGGUGUGCCAGAUCAGCGUGCACAAGGGCUGCAUCUCGUCGACGGGGCGUUGCAAGCAGAAUCCGGUGAGUGUGCCGCCGCCCGUCUGCGAUCGCCAGCUGUCCGAGUUCAACUGGUUCGCGGGCAACAUGGAUCGGGAGACGGCGGCCCAUCGGCUGGAGAACCGACGCAUCGGCACCUACUUGCUGCGCGUACGUCCCCAGGGUCCGUCGACGGCCCACGAGACGAUGUACGCCCUCAGCCUGAAGACCGAUGAUCAUGUGAUCAAACAUAUGAAAAUCAACCAGGAGAACUCCGGCGAUUCCAUGCUCUACUGCUUGUCCUCGCGCCGGCAUUUUAAGACCAUCGUCGAACUGGUUUCCUAUUACGAACGCAACGACCUGGGGGAGAAUUUUGCGGGACUCAACCAGUCGCUGCAGUGGCCCUACAAGGAGGUGAUCGCGACCGCUCUGUAUGACUACGAGCCGAAGGCUGGGAGCAACCAGCUGCAGCUGCGCACCGACUGCCAGGUGCUGGUCAUCGGCAAGGAUGGCGACAGCAAGGGCUGGUGGCGGGGCAAGAUCGGUGACACGGUGGGCUACUUUCCCAAGGAGUACGUGCAGGAGCAGAAAACUGGCCAGCGAAGAGCUUUGAUAUUAUAACUACGAGGUUUACUUUGCACCCAAGGCCAUUACGCCCGCAACGGCAGCCAUUGCUGGAUCACCAGGAGCUGGAGCUGGAGCUGAAGCUGGCGGAUCUGGAUCUGGAUCUGGAGCCGCCGCUCAAGGAGGAGCCCCCCUCGAGGAGGGCGUGGCAGACAACAUCGACAGCCACGGCCACAGCAACAACAACUGCAGCUAGAUCGUAUCCCUAGUUAAAUAUAUUUAAAUAUACAAUUUGUUUUUAUUUGUGUUUAAGCACUUAUUGUUUUACAUUUUAUCAUUUUUUGCGUCUGCUCGAAACAUUUGUGCCAAUCACUGGAAAAUUACAAAAUCGAUAUCGAAACGAAAUGUAACAAAACAAAA